AUUCUCUCACCCUUGUCAUUCCCCCCACUCUUCUCUCCUCACUCAUCCCCGUCUUCAUGGAUGCUAGACGCGGGGAUGUAUGAGCCGUUGUAUCUUUCCUUCGACGCCUACCCGACCGUAGUCCCCCGUGUCAGGGUACGAGGCGUCAUGGCUCUAUUCCUCGCUGUCUCCAUUUUGUGGGCCCUUAUCUGGCUACUCUACCGUGCGUGGCAGGUAUGCCAGACCCCCAAUGAUCUUUUGGUCGAAAAGUUGGGCUUGGAUAUCCCCCCGCCGCCGGAGGUCACCCUGGAAGAGAUCACCGCUCGUGAGAUUCGGAUCGCUUGGAAACAGCCCGAGUUUCAUAAUUCUAUUCAUAAGCAUAUAAUCCAGGUGAAUGGCGCCAAAGUGGGUGAGUCGAAACGGGCAGAGACCGCUGUUGAGAUAUUGAAUCUGGUCCCCGGAAGUAUCUAUCAUAUUUGCGUUCUGUCCGUGAGCGCGGCCAAUUUCCAGACUCCCAGUGCUAUCAUCCAUGUACGGACGAAAUCCAUUUCCCUGUCGUCCGCUCAGCAGAAUGCCGCCGUCGGUAACCCUACGAUCCGUGCUUCCAUUCCCCGCUCGACGGCUGGACUUCCGACUCCGUCAGCCCCGGUGAUGUCCCGUGAACAUAGUGGAGGUCAAGUGCCGAAUAAGCGGUCGUCGGCCGGGCGCAAACAAUCCCCCGCGAGUGGCGCCGAUUCUUCCCACGGUACGACGAAUGUCGAAGAACUGCAACGGAGUGAGGCAAGCAACGACCGCGAUGGAAACUUGGAGAGGCUUGCCGACCGAUUGAAGCAACUGCAGCACGAGAAUGAAGCGGUGGAGAAGCAAACUGGCGACGAGGACGAAGAGCACGUUGCUCUUCUCAAAGAUCUGGAGAAACAACGGGACGAUCUACGGAAGCGUGUCAAGGAAAAGGACGAGGCGAGCGGGGACUUGAAGAAGCAGGUGUACAAGUUGGAGAGCGUCAAUCGCAGCGUGCAAAGUGAAAAGGUCAAACGCGAGAGACUGUUGCAACGCAAGGAAUCCGAGCGCAAGAAACGGAAGAACGAUAUCAUUCGAUGGCGAGAGCAGAUGGAGCGGAUGGCCAAUGACGUUGCGCAGGCAAGGGAGGAGAAGACCCGAGUGGAAGAAGAGAAGAAAAACCGGUUGGAGGAAGUCCAGGAGAAGAUUGCUAAGGAGCAGAUGGAAAUGAAGGUUAUCGACGACGAGAUUCAGGAUAAGGGUGGACGCGUGAAGAAGCUCGAAGACGAGAGGAAGACCACCCAGGCGCCGGAUAGCGAGGAUGGAAGGGAGCUGGAUCGCAUCGACAACGAACGAGCCCGGCAGUGGGAGAUGAAAUUGAGCAGUCUGCAUGCACGAUAUGCCACACUGGUGAACCUGCACGCACAGGCUCAACAGCAGUACCACGAAGCGCAGGAGCGUCUGAAGUGGCUCACCACCCAGAGACCCGGCAGCACCGGUCCCUUCGCCUUGCCAGCCCUGGAUCUCGAUCUGUCCAACACAGCAACUAUUCGCCCCCGUCGCCAUCGCAGCUCGCUCGCCAGUAACGUCUCCUCGCCUAUGAACUUUGCUACCAUGGAGCCGUCGUUCUCGGGUAGCAUCGCCUACAAUCCCCCGACCACGAGCUCGCCUACGUUUGCGCCCAGUUCGGCAUUCUUCAACAUCAACAAUGGGAUGACUCUCCCGGAUCUGUCUGGCCAGGCAGAGACUAUUCGCGGAGCCGAGUCCGAAGUCUCUUUCGGUUACAACCCCCAAAUGAGCCCUCGGGCAGACGCGCUCCUCCCAUCCGAUCUUCUUGGGGAUGAGGAAUCGCCCGAGCUUCCCCGCCCGGUGAUUCGUCCUCGAUUCUCGAGCUAUGAGCAGCAACAAAUUCCGCCAGACGGCUUUCCGGACGGCUUCCCGCACGGUCCACCAUCCCCGGUCUCUUCUGGUAGUCGACCCGGAAGUGUGUUUCCGAGUCCACACGAAAACCCCCGUCAGGAGACGGAUUCUCAGCCUGCUAAUUUUCCCGAUGCGGAAGAGGCCCCGAAGAGCGCGUCGCGGCGACUGUCGGGUCUCUUUGGCUUUCAUCGGCCGCGUGGCAAGACACUUGCUGACGAGCCCCCUUUGCUGGGCACCUUGAAAGCCGGGCAGAGCCAGUCCUUCCCGCGGAACUUGGACGAAAUGGAUCCGAUCGGUGCCCGACGCCGGCGAUUGAGUCACACUGGCAACUGGGCCAACCCUAUGUCGUUAUUCCCUCGGAGCAACACGGCCGGUGUCACGGCCGAUAGCUCGUCCGACCACGCGCCGUCCCGACGGGCCGCAAUCACCAGUAUUUUCUCUCCCAGCCGGUUCGGUUUCGGCGGUGGAAACGGCUUGGCUAAGUCCGGAGAUCACUCGGACCUCAGCACUGGAUACAAUCAAUUCAGCCCAAGACAUGACCCUAUCGACCCAUCGUCGAUUCUCGGGACCGUGCGACGAGGCUCGCUGUCUCCCCGUCCGUCCUCCACGUUCUCAUUCGAUAACCAACUCCCCCACCCAUCCACGGACAAUCGGCAUUUCGGCUGGCCGUCGGCAGAAAAGCCUGAACACCGGAGUCCCUUGGGCUUUGACUGGGCCUCGCCAUCCACCUGGUCUAGGGUCCAAUCGCGUCGACCGUCGACCCAGUACGGCUCGUCCGGCCAUCUCCCCCUCACACUGACGGGCGAACCGGAUUUCCUCCAGGAUUCUUCCUACGAGCGCCAGGGACGGCCUUUGCAGGCGCCCAUUGGGACCCGGCCGUCGUCUUCACAUCGACCAAUGACCCCGAGAUUGAACCCCGCAGCACCCACCUUCAAUGCAGUCUUCAAGUCCGGCCAGGGCAAGGAGCACGAAGAUCCCACGGACCGAGACCUGGAAGGCCCUUUCAACAUGUCCAUGGACGGCUCACCCUGUGAUUCCCGCGUCUCUCGGGAUUCCCGAUCACUAUCCAACUUCGCAGGCGACUCAUACGAAUCACUCGAGCGAAUGCCAUCCGCCGCAUCCGCCGACAACAGCAGCUCAAAGGAGUCUUUCAUCCGCAAGAUCACGCGCAAGGGGAGCUCAGGGAAAUUCAGCUCCUGGAAGGACCGGUCGGGGCUAUUCUCCAAGAAGAGCGAAUCCGUACACGGCGACGACGGCGACACGAACGGCGAAGCGCAGCUCGCCAAGAGCGUGGAUAGCACUGUCUCCAGCAUUCUCUCGGCGGACAAGUCGUCCCGCAGCAGCCUGGGUUUCUUCAGUCGCAAGUCGCGCCGGUCCGAGAAGGCCGUCAGCGAGACGAGCGAGCGGCCUAGCGAGCGCGCGAGUGAGGUGGGUGAUGAUGAGAUCCCGGAGGAGGGCACUGCUUGAUGGAUAUGGACGGUCUGGAAUAUGUGGUGAUUUGGUUGUUGCCUGUUGGAGUAGAUCGGUUGGGGUGUUAUCGGAUGC